AUGAAUGAGUUUGGUUGUACUAAGAGAAAAGCUGUGCCAGUACACAAAGGUGCUCAACAUAUUUUACCUUCCAUUGACCUUAUUGAAAAACAAACAAACACACAAAAUGUUUCAAAAAAUAUAAAUAUAAAAAGCUGCUUGGUUGGGUCUGAUGAUACUGACAACAAUUUAUAUAAUCCAGACCUUACAAGUGAUAAUAAAAAUCCUAUUGAUGUCGAUAUUUUAGAAAAUGAGUCUACUCAUUCAAAUGCUAAAUGA